CGUCGCUUCGAUAUGCCUGCCGUUUGGCAGCUUCAGGACCAAAUCUUUUGAUGCCCAGAGGCUUUUUGUCGCCGGGUUUGGCCUGACAACAGCAUUCGGCGACUCCAGCGAAGUGCUAAUGAAGGUGCAGGUGCCGGUGGUGGCCCAGGACCAGUGCGCGGCCGUGUUCCGGCGCCAGCGGGCCGUCAUCGGGUCGGGCCAGAUGUGUGCCGGAGCCGAGAAGGGCCGCGACUCGUGCUCGGGCGACUCGGGCGGCCCGCUGAUGGCCGUCGACCGCGUCACUGGGCCGCCCUACCGGCUCAUCGGCGUCGUCUCGUUCGGCGUCACGCGCUGCGGCACCGAAAACGUGCCGGGCGUGUACACGCGCGUCACCGAGUACCUCAACUGGAUCAUGGACCACAUGCGUGACUAG